UUGAAUCCCCGGCACACGGGAGGAGGGGAGGUUUUAAUAAACUUGUGUCUGCUCUUUGCUCCGGGGUCCUCAGAGGAAAGAUGCCAGGUACCGUUGCUGGCACUGACAGCGCAAGCAGGAGGGUGCGGAAGCGGCACUCACACCCACGAGAAGCAUAUUCCAGUGUCGAUUUACUCCCCUUUAAGUGCUGCCUAGUUACCAUCUCAUGUAAGAAAUCUCCUGCAUUCCUCCCCUUUAAUCUCCAUUGAUGGUUAGUACCAAACCUGUGUCUAAUCCCCACAGACCUGUAGGAGCCGAACAGGAGAGUCAGAGAACAGUUGCUGCUGCAUUUGUCGUUCCUUGGAGAGACUGUUAAGUGGAGCGGGCAGUGUAUGAGCGCAGAGAGAUCAGACAUGGCAGAGGUGCCUUCCCAUGCCAUACCUUCUGCGGUUCUUGAGUUCCCUGCAUCAACUCUGGAGAAGAUGGGCCGCAUGGAAGAGGAUGACAGCCGCUCCUGGAAGAAGCAGACCAGCAACAUCCGGAAAACAUUCAUCUUCAUGGAGGCACUGGGAUCAGGUGCCUUUUCAGAAGUUUUCUUAGUGAAACAGAAGGCUACUGGCAAGCUGUUUGCUCUGAAGUGCAUCAAGAAGUCUCCUCUCAUUAGGGACUGCAGCUUGGAGAAUGAAAUAGCAGUGCUGAGAAAAAUAAAGCAUGAAAACAUUGUGACUCUGGAAGACAUUUAUGAGAGCGCAACUCACUUCUACCUGGUCAUGCAGCUGGUGUCUGGUGGGGAGUUAUUUGACCGAAUCUUGGAACGAGGUGUUUUUACUGAGAAAGAUGCGAGUGUGGUGAUCAAGCAGGUCUUGGAUGCAGUGAAGUAUCUCCAUGAAAAUGGAAUAGUUCACCGAGACUUAAAGCCAGAAAACCUGCUUUACCUGACUCCUGAAGAGAACUCCAAGAUCAUGAUCACUGACUUCGGCUUGUCUAAAAUGGAGCAGAACGGUAUCAUGUCCACGGCUUGUGGGACUCCAGGAUAUGUUGCUCCAGAGGUCUUGGCCCAGAAACCGUACAGCAAAGCUGUAGACUGCUGGUCUAUAGGCGUCAUUACCUACAUCUUGCUGUGUGGAUACCCUCCUUUCUAUGAAGAAACAGAAUCCAAACUGUUUGAAAAGAUUAAGGAAGGCUACUUUGAAUUUGAAUCUCCCUUUUGGGAUGACAUCUCUGAGUCAGCCAAGCAUUUCAUCAGUCAUUUACUGGAGAAGGAUCCAAACAAGAGGUUUAAUUGCGAAGACGCCCUGAGGCACCCCUGGAUUAAUGGAAAUACAGCCCUUCACCGUGACAUAUACCCAUCUGUCAGUGCUCAGAUUCAGAAAAACUUUGCAAAGAGCAAAUGGAAGCAAGCCUUCAAUGCUGCAGCUGUCGUACACCACAUGAAGAAACUCCACAUGCACUGCCAUGCAGAGGCUGAAACCAGCGUCCCCCUCAUACAAGUGGUGGAAGCAUCCCGACCCGGCAGCCCCUUAGUCACCAACUUAGAGGCUGUCAACCAAGACAAGAACACAUUGCUGCCUCUCAUCCCCAUGUUGGCUUGUCAGAACUCCCCCGCUCAGCUGGACCAAAGCACAGGGGGGACAGAGAGGAAGACACAAGAUUUCUUGGUUAACGGGUUCCUGCCAAUAGACAGUAGCUUGAUCCUGCCAGAAAAUCAGAGCCCUUUUAAUAGAACUUCUUGGGACUGCAGCCCAGCCUGUGUUGGGCAUGAGAAAGCGAAGACGGGCUUCUGCUCUGAUUCAGUGCUUCAUAAAAAAGCUGUCAAAUCCCACCCCUUCAGAUCAGAGGUUCUUGUUCCCAUGAAAUUUGGUACCCGCCCACACUGUGGCACAGGACAAACUGGAGUUUGUUUGAUAAUGUGAUCAGCCAAUCAGCAUGGGGGUCGCCACAUCUUUACUGAAACAGAAGGGCUGUUUUAUUCUUUCUGUGCUUCAGAGCCAGACAUCAAUAAUGCAAGCAGAGAGAGAGGAGACCGGAUCCUGCCAGCAACAGAUGGGGAGCAGUUUUCUCAGGGCAGUGGCCGUUCAUCAGCGAGCUGCCUGAAUGUAGUCCUGAGAUUUCUUCAAUGCAAUGACCUUGAAGUGCAUCUGGAUCAUGAAUACGUGCAGAAGGUGUUUUAGGAAAAGGGAGGUGUGUGGGCAUGAUGCUUCUGCUAGCACCUUCUCAGUGUAUUACACAGUGCUACAGCUUUGUCCUGUGUGUGUUGUGUAGUCGUCCAAUGUGUAACGAGUGUGCUGCACAGCAAAAGUCAUGUAAACCAAAGCCAUACAGAGGUCUAGUCAUUGCCGUCUGGGUCGUUUUUGCAGCCUGUGACCCUUCCUGCUAGGAAGUCUUUUUAUUCCCAAGCUUCAGUAAUUUUAAGUCCAGUAUCAAUUCCCUGCCUUGGCUGUGCAGUUUUUGUUUAAGCUGUAAAAGGCAAGAGCUUACUAGCAUUCUCCAUAUGUCUGAAGAUAACUGCAGCGAGGUCUGAAUUCCCUGCUUCCAAGUCUGUAAUUGUGCAAUAAAUACUGUGCUUAAUAAAGCUGACUUUUGUUUUGUAAAGUGCCUGUUGGUUAUUCAUAGAAAUUAGAGAUGGAAAUGACCUAUUAAAUCCCUUUAGUCCAAUUCCAAUUGCAAAUGCAGACUGGCUACCUGCAAAGCGCUAGGUUGUAAAUAAGCAGGUUGUGGCAGGAAGUCAAACAAGACAUUUUUAACUCAGGCCAAGAGUUCCAAGUUCUAGUGCUUUUAUUUGCAAAACUGUUGAUUUGAUUGCUGAUAAAAUUACCCACUCCUGAGCAUGUCCUUAAAUCUAGUGAUGGCUUUGUUCCUGCCCCUGCUACCUCUCUUUUCAAAGGACAAAAUUAUAGUGUGUUUAAAAUGUUACAAAAGGCCACAUGUGACGAUUAACUCGAAAGGUGAAGUCCAGGUAAAAAAA